GAGAGCAGCGGCCGCAGCGGCGCGUCCAGCCAUGGCGAAGGCGGCGGCGCCGGACGACGACUACAACUUCGUCUUCAAAGUGGUUCUGAUUGGAGAAUCUGGGGUGGGAAAGACCAAUCUGCUCUCGCGCUUCACCCGCAACGAGUUCAACCACGACAGCCGUACCACGAUUGGGGUGGAGUUCUCCACACGCACCAUCCUGGUGGGAGACGCCCUGGUGAAAGCCCAGAUCUGGGACACGGCCGGGCUGGAGCGCUACCGGGCCAUCACAUCGGCAUACUAUCGUGGGGCGGUGGGGGCCCUCUUGGUGUUCGACAUCACCAAGCAUCAGACGUACGACGUGGUGGAGCGCUGGCUGAAGGAGCUGUAUGACCACGCAGAGGCCACCAUCGUUGUGAUGCUGGUGGGCAACAAGACGGAUCUGGCCCAAGCCCGGGAGGUGCCCACGGAAGAGGCCAAGAUGUAUGCAGAAAACAACGGGCUGCUCUUUGUGGAGACCUCUGCCUUGGACUCCACCAACGUGGAACUGGCAUUUGAAACCAUUUUGAGAGACAUUUUCCAUAAAGUGCAGAAGCAGAAGCAGAAGAGCCCUCUGGACAACAAAAUCUCGCUCUCUACCGAAAAUCACAACGCAGUAUCCACCUCAGCGGCGGCUGAGGGGAAGAAGUCCUGCUGCAUGAACCUCUGACGGGGCCGGUGGGUGGGAGUCACUAGCUGGGUUCAUGCACUGCAUUAAGCCAAGAUGACAGUUUAAUCCUGGUUUGCCCAAUGAGCUAGUAGCUGGGUUCACAUUAAAAAAUAGUCUCCCCACCUGAACCAGAAGUAAAGAAAAUUGGGACUCCAUCUUGGGAAGGUGGUCCAUCACUGGACACCCUAGAGAGGGUUGAAAUCUGGAAAGGGUUGUCCUGUAGGGAAAUUCCAUGGUAUAUGUUGAAUCUGCUAAUCCAAACGAAAGGCAAAUAUUUUAUUCCUCUGGAAGGAAUAAAAGCAUUUUAUUGGUCUGCAAGUAGAAUCUGUAGCUGAGCAAAUGGUGGGCAGCAGGUGGGCUGGGCAAAAGUAUUGUCCAUUUAUGAAACUGGACCCCUGGGAAGUGGUGAGGGUUGGUCAAUGAGCCCCUCUGAGGAGCCCCUCAGAAGAGAACUUGACCAAGACACACACAAACCACAGGUGGUCAUAUUUACACAUAGCACCAAGCUACUGUCCAUGGUUACAAGCUACAGUAACUGAGUUCAAAGGAAAUGCUAAACAAUGUUUUGUUAGCUACAUUGAGUCAUGCAGAUCAGAUGGGCGGCCCUAUCAAUUUAGGAAAUGAAUACAGAGACAUUAACACAGGUGGCUGAUGUUCUAGCUAAAGGCAAUGUGUGGGCCCAGCUACUGGGUCAAUGAAACAGCAGUUGUGGCUUACUACACAGAACACCUGCACCAAAUUGUGGUUGGUUUUCACAACAAUUGGUUGAGAGAAUUGUGCCUUAUCGUGCAUGUAUAUAGAAGUUGGAUAUUGGUGACCCUUGAAUUGUGGGGAGGGAGAACAAAGGAAACUGGUUCCUCAUGCCACUUUUUUGAUGUUGAGUGAUGUCUUCCCUUGGGAAUAAUUGGCUCCGUGGGGCCAGGGUGGAUGGUCCAUGAGAAGAUCAAAAGAUCUUUGAUGCCCUUCCUUCAGUCUUUUGCCUUUCUUCCUAGCUUAGGGAGCUGCAGCCCGACCAAUCAGCCUCUUCAGAAGCUUAAAUUGCUUUCUUGCUUGCAGAGAAAUGAAGCUGAAAGUCACAGGUAGCUCUCCCAUCGUAGACAUUUCCUAGGUGGUAACUUGGGAACCAGGUUGGGCUUGGUAGGCGCUUAUGCCCUCCUUUGGUGGCAUCAGGCAAACAAUUCAAACUUGCAGUGAUUUCUUUUGCCUGUGUACAUCACUGGAUUCUUUUUCUAAAUCUUCCAUCCACAAGACGCCUGACUUUGUGGGAUGGGAGUCUCUCAUAUUGUGUGUGUACAUUUAUAAAUAUGUAUAUAUAAACAUAUUUCUAAAUAAAUUGUUCCAGAUGAUGGAGUGCAUAUUA